CGGACUUAGACCGCGGAUUCUCGGCACUAAAGCAGCAGCCUCUCCGAAGCUCGUCUCGUAAAGCCCUUCGUUACUCAUUCUCUCUAAGCCGUCGUGCCCUCGCCUAUCAGAUCGAGAUCCUACCCCACUCCCGCCUGCGCGUGCCGCAGCCUUGCCAAACGUGACCCAUAGCCCGUCAUCACGUUUCAGAGAUUACAAGAGCACAAGAGCAAGAACCGUCCGUCUUGGCGCCAUGGAGCAAACCAAGGCCUUGAAUGCUUUGGAGCCGUUCCUCGCCCUCUCAAAGUCAGCUACCUCCCCCCGAGCCGCCGCCGAUCUCGUCACCCGCGCAACUUCAGCUCCAAACACCUUCCUCUUCGCCGAGCUUCUCCAAACACCGCAGAUCCAGGCCCUGGCAGCCAGCCCGGAAUUCACCUCAUACCUGACGCUGCUCCAAAUCUUCUCCUACGGCUCCUACGGGACAUACAAUGCCACGCCCAACCUACCCGCACUGAACGACACCCAGACCCUCAAGCUCCGACAGCUCUCGCUGCUGUCCCUAGCUAGCGAUCGAUCAAGCCUAUCAUACGAUGCAUUGCAAAACGCGCUAGGUCUUUCCUCGGUACGAGAGGUGGAAGACCUCGUCAUCACUGCCAUCUACGCCGGCCUCUUACACGCCACUCUCGAUCCUGCUCGCCAGGCCAUUCAAGUGUCAAGCAUCGCCCCCCUCCGCGAUCUCGCUCCCGGCACGAUCCCAGAUAUGAUUGGUGCCUUACAAAACUGGGCUGGUCGUUGCCAGUCUACUCUCGGGGAUCUUGAGGAGCAGAUCAAAAGCAUUCGCGAGGCCGCCAUCUCACGGGAGACAGAUAAGCGAGCCUCAGACAAGAAGUUGCAGGGAUUGAUGGAGAGCAUGGGCGAGUUCGACAAAGGGCUCUCGGUUUAUCAGAGGGACAAUCUCACUCGGAGAGGCAUCAAUAAGCGUACCAUGGCUGAUCCCCUAGGCUCAGCUGCCGCCGACGAGACGAUGGACCUUGAUGAUUUAUUGGGGGUGGAAGACCCGGCCAAGAGGGCUAGCAAGAGGAAACUGUAGCAAAAGUAGAGACACAACGUUGGUACAAUAAGCGGCAAUUGGACUUCCAAUGCGAUAUGAAUUUUGAUAGUCACGAAAGAAUACGAUAUAAUACACGA